UGUUCAUGGCAGCAAACUGUGGUCCCAACAGGCAUGGAAAGAACCAAAUUAGGGAAACCAGCAAUCAAUCACCUCUCCCAGUCUCUCUGCAGACACUCCCACAUACAGUACGUGCAUGCAGGCACGCACAGAAUAUUGUUUAUGUAUAAAUAAUACUGUAAUCUAUGUUUUAGGCUACAGAGAAUAUAUUUCUUGACACAGACAGCAUUGUCUCAGAAGGUGGAUCAGCAGCUGCAGAUGAUUCCUUUGGAAGAGGUUUGCCAGAAGAUGGAAUGAAGAGGUACCAGUCCAUUAAAGAAGAAAACAAAUGUCAAUAUAUAGGUGCCAUUAAAUCAGUUAGCAAGAUAGAAACAGAAAGACAGACAUCAUCAGACAUUUUGGAAGAACUUCGGAUGCAAGGAAUAAUCAAGACUUCAUGCCCAACCUCUAAAAACAGAACAGCAGAUGAUGCCAUGCUGGUACAUACAGAAAGGAUACUGCAAAAACCACCAGCCAAACUGGAAAAGCUUGAAAUUAAACAGAAGAAAUCACAUGAUUUACCAAUAGAAGACCCUGAAAAUAAGACAAGAGAAGAGCAACUGAAAAAAGAAUUGCUGACUGAUAGAUCAUCACCAAUAAUUUCUUCUGAAAGCAGAGUGCAUAUAGGUAGUUCUAGAUUUAAAAAAACUUCCAAUAAUUUUCAAUUGCCACCCUUAAAUGUGGGGACAGGAAGUUGGACAGAGAAGGAAGAACUGAAUGAUAAUAUAAAUAAUGGUUUUGAAGAUUUUACAAUGGUGGAGUCAGACAGAACUUAUAACACAAUACAUGAAAUAUUCUAACCACCACCGUUUGUUUCAAAAUUUUAAUCUCUAACCAUUUUAACUUAAUAUUAUUGGUAGCAAUAAAGGUUGCUGUACUCUGAAAUAUCUGGAUUGUUCUAUUUUGUGAGGUGGCCUUAGGGUUUUUCCUUCUCCUUCCCUUUUUAAACUUUAAAACAAAGAUAAAACACAGCUCCAGGCUGUGCCUUGGCUGUGCUUCUGCAUGGGCAAAUCUCAACAGAAGGCCCACAGGAAUGACAUGAAAAUCAAUGUUUGCCCCAUG